GGAGUAUUUUCCAUUUUGCCAUCAAUGGCGCUACAGAGACAACCUAGUGAUCUGAAAAACAGAGUGAAUACUUGUCUCAAUAGAUUAUCUGACCGUGAUACUCUCACCGUUGCUACGAAUGAGCUGGAGUCUAUAGCUAGGAGUCUUAACAGUGAAGGUUUUGGUGCAUUUUUGACUUGUAUUUCGAGUACGGACUCUUCCGAUAAAUCACCGGUGCGUCGGCAAUGUGUUCGGCUUAUCGGCGUACUCUCAGCGUCUCACGGAGAUGCUUUAUCACCGCAUCUAGCGAAAAUGCUUUCUACUGUACUCCGGCGACUUCGUGACCCUGACUCAGCUGUUCGCUCUGCUUGUGUAGAAGCUGUUUCCUCCAUUGCGUCGGAAAUUACUCAACCGCCGUUUUCGUCUAUUUUGAAGCCGUUAAUCGAUGCUAUUAUGCACGAGCAGGAUAAUAAUUCGCAGAUCGGAGCUUCGCUUUGCCUUGCUGCGGCAAUUGAAGCAUCACCUGAUCCCGAGCCGGCGGAGCUGAAGAAAAUGUUGUCGAAGCUCAUGAAAUUGGUGAAGAAUGAUUCCUUUAAAGCCAAACCGGCGUUACUGUCGCUCAUUAGUAGUAUUGUUAGUGUUGGUGGUGCUUCCAAUAAGAAUGUAUUGAAUAGCUUGGUUCCAAUUACAGCUGAGUUGUUGAGUAGUGAAGAUUGGACUGUGCGGAAGGCUGCGGCGGAGACAUUGGGACGGUUGGCUGUUUCCGAGAAAGAGUUGUUGUCAGAGUUGAAGGCGUUCUGCAUCACGUCAUUGGAUAGCAGAAGAUUCGAUAAGGUGAAGGUUGUGAGAGAGACAAUGAAUCGGGCGUUAGAAUGGUGGAAGGAAGUUCCAGGUGCUUCAGAUGAUGUUUUGCCUCAAUUACAAUCCAAGUUUCCACAGAAAGAUUGUGUUAGUGGUGCCUGUUCUCCAACUCCUUCCAAAAGUUCGAGUGAGACAGCUACGGAAACCCCUCAGCCAAAGAAAGCAAUCCGCUCAACCAAGUCACUUGCAUCCAGUAGUUCUUCCUCGAUCACCUCCCAGAAAAAUAGUUCUAUUAGGUUCCGCCGCACAAAAUCAAAUGUUACGAGCUCCUGUAAGCUGGAUUUUAGAAAAUCCCCUGAUGCAAAAGCAAAGCACACUGUUUCACAGGCUUCUUCGUUGGAGGUAGCUUGUGAAGAACAGAAGAGUCAAAAUCUUAGAGUUCAAGGUUCAGUGGAUUCAGUUAGUUGUAGCAGUUCAAACUCAGAAGUAAAGUCAACUCUAUUCAACAGACCACCGGAUGAGAAGUUCCACAGAUAUGGUAAUUCACAGUUUGGGUCUCGGGUUAUUCCGCUCUUUGAGGACUACAAUGACAACAUGGAUGUACCUGAUGAAAACAUCAACGAAGAUGCACUCUUGAGUCAUAGAGAGUACGAGAAUUUCUGUUCUGUCAGCAAACAGCUUGUUCAGAUUGAAAAUCAACAGUCCAGUUUGUUAGACCUCCUGCAGGGAUUUAUUGGCAGCUCACGAAAUGGAAUGAAUUCCUUAGAGAAACGUGUAAAUGGUUUGGAGAGAUUACUUGAUGAAAUGCAAUAUGAUUUGGCAAUAACAACAGGGAGGAUUUCAGAUACUGAUUUUACAGGAAGUACAUGCGGCAUGAUCCCUCGUGCAGAAUUUUUAGGUCCUAAGUUUUGGAGAAGUCCAGAAGGGCAAAAUUCACAAUCAAGAAUAUCCUUCUCCACUGGGAGCCAGGAUGUAGUGUAUAGUCAGCCAGAAACGUAUGCUACCAAGCAGAACAAGAAUAUAUCUUCAGCAAAGCAGUUUAGUAUCAAUCAGAAUGAAGCAUUACGUUCUUUCUCUGGUAGAAGAAAAGAGAGAACAGCUCGAGAUGGCGAAACUGCAGGUUUUUGUCAUGUCAGUAGGCAUAACGGAACUUCAUUCACAAAUUGCAUACAGCAGCAAAAUUGAGCCUUAGGUGAUUGUUUUCUUUAGCUUGACAUGAUGAUUGUUUGAUUAUUGAAGACAUACUUGUCUGUUGUCUCUAAUCAUCGCAAUACUUAAAAGUCUUCUAUAAUAUUAUAAGUUUGAAUAAAUGGUUCGCGCUCUCAUCAACUUUUGUAGAUUCUUCUUUCA